UCAGAGAUGGCCGAAAUGUACUUUGCUUCCGGAACGAGGGCUUCCAAGUUCUCACACGCGUCUGCAUUCUGAUUCGAACCACGGACACGGACAACUCAAAGUACUACCAAUCAUUAUAAAAGCGAUGGACAGCGGUAUAUCUGCACGCACCACCAUCCCGACAUGACUAGAGUCUUAAAUGAUCCCGUUUGGUGGCCACUCAUCAAUUAUACUUGUCUUGUCAACUAUUUCAUAGCUGUAUGCUUUGCUGCAGUGGUAUAUGAUUGGGCAUUGACAUUCGGACAAGAGUUCGAACUGAUAUUGGUGAAACGUUGGUCCUUCAUGACUAUUCUUUAUGUUUGCGUGCGUUACAUUGGAAUAUUAUAUUCUGUCGCCUACCUCCUGUUGAAUCUCCCAAUCUCGCUUACCGAUACAGUGGGCACUAUCGUUUGGUUCAUACAGGCAUGGGGCCCUGUCGUAGUAAAUGCCAUGUUGGGAGUCAUCAUGAUUGCUCGGAUAAAUGCCAUGUAUCAAGGAUCCAAAAAGUUACGCAUCUUCCUUGUUGUAAUGUUGCUGGGUUCCACCAUCGCCUCCGGAGUCAUGACAAUGAUUGGAAACUCAGGUGUUUCAGCGCAUGAGGUCGUCCUUUCCGGCUACCAUAUGUGCUUUAGCGACAUCGGCACGUACAUGGGAAAUCUGACUUACGAGAAUGUGAUAUCCGUCGCUGUAUGGGAGAUCUUCGCAUUGUUUCUUACGAUCCGGAUUGUUAUAAUGCACUUCCGUGAACUGCGACAAUCGCCGAGACGACCGAUCAUUGGGGACUAUUUCACGAUAUUACUAGAGAGUCAUGCGUUUUACUUUCUAGCCUUUGCUAUUAUGGCUUGCUUACAGCUUGGCACAACGUCUCCAAAUAUCGCGCUCUCAUCGUCCGUGGGGAGUGCUGUUUUCACUGGCAUUUUGUCAAUUUCCCAGAUGUUGCAGAUGUUUGUGCUAGGACCACGUCUGAUCCUCAGUAUUCGAGAAUACCACGCCAAGCUCGUUGCCAGGGCCGACGGUGGAAUAGAAAUGACCUCCCUUGCUUUCCAUGCUGGUGGAGAUGCAUUGACCAGCGACGAUGUAUAACACGUAAAACGAUCCAAAUGAUCAACCAUGGUGCUAUACAGGGAGCAUACAUGUUUUGUCGUGAUAUUUUGCCUCGUAUGUAUUUGGCGUUCCGAAGUGAUUUGGAGGAUAGAAUUUUUUGUACUUUCUCCUACUACCUGUGACACGGAGUCCCCUGGAGUGGCUACUCGGUGCUUGAAGCUCUACCAAUCCACUCAAUUACGAGGCCCCCUCCGCAGAAACAGAUGCCAAGCUAUAAUAACGGCCAAUUCGCACUGCACGCGAGAGGGAGAAAGAUAUACAUAUACAUUGACAGGAACAUUCAAGUUGGGUGUCACGAAAUUGCACAAAGUCUCAUCGGUACAACCCCCCCGGAGCUCUUUGCGGAGUACUCAGAUAAGGCAUUCGCAUGCCUGCUGAUUGGAAUAUUUUCCC